AUGUCAACAAUACCUGUACCUGCGCUGCCUUUCUACAACAAGGACUCACGAACCUCGCAAUCGCGAAGCCCAGCGCCCUAUGCGGAUACAUCCUCCUCAAUAACGUCCUCCUAUUCCCUCCUCACUCCUGAGCAGACCGCUGAACGGUUACAAGCCUCGCUCACGCAUGGACUAUUACGGAACGAGGCACACACCAGAUUAGCAAGAGAAGGGCCGAAUGAGUUACCCCAUGAAGAACCAGAGCCCUUAUGGUUACGGUUCCUGAAACAAUUCAAGGAGCCCCUCAUAGUCCUCCUCCUUGUCUCUGCUGCGAUCUCGCUUCUCAUCGGUAAUAGAGAUGACGCUGUCAGUAUCGCACUCGCCGUUACCAUUGUGGUCACGGUUGGCUUUGUUCAAGAAUACAGGUCGGAAAAGAGUCUGGAGGCGCUGAAUCGUCUCGUGCCUUAUCAUGCUCACGUCAGGCGAACCGGGCGGCGGUCCAGGACACCUGGGGGUAUGCAUGAGGUCGAGAAUGACGAGGUCGAGCUGGAACCGCUGGCCAAUGGUGCCACGCCGGAGGCAAAAACAUCUACGACCAUUCCUGCCUCUCACUUGGUGGUUGGCGACCUGGUUAUCUUCUCAACCGGCGAUCGCAUUCCUGCCGACGUGAGAAUCACACGCUCAUCGGAACUAACCAUCGACGAGUCCAACCUGACUGGCGAAAACGAACCGGUGGAGAAGAAUGCGACGGCUCUCGACAAGGCCCCUCUGAGGUCUGAACAGCAUGGCACGCCAGAGCCGUUGAAUGCGGCUGGCACGGUGGGUGCGGACGUGCGCCUCAACGAGCAGCACAACAUUGCUUUUAUGGGCACGCUGGUCCGGUCCGGCCACGGAGAAGGUAUUGUCAUUGCAACCGGGGGGAAUACUGAAUUCGGAACCAUUUCUCUGUCGCUCCAGGAGAUCGAGGCUCCACGGACACCCCUGCAACAAUCCAUGGAUUUGCUAGGAAAGCAACUUAGUUACAUGUCAUUCGUCGUCAUUGGUAUUAUCAUGAUAAUCGGCCUACUCCAGGGCAGGAAACCGCUGGAUCUCUUCACCAUUGGAGUGUCCCUGGCUGUUGCUGCGAUUCCCGAGGGUCUGCCUAUCAUUGUCACCGUCACGCUGGCUCUGGGAGUAUUGCGUAUGGCGAAGCGAGGAGCCAUAGUCCGAAAACUUCCAAGCGUGGAAACGCUCGGGUCUGUCAAUGUUGUCUGCAGUGACAAGACUGGCACCCUGACCAUGAACCACAUGACGGUGACGAGAAUAUGGCAUUUUGACGUCCCUCAACCGUUUGCCGUCGACCCAGUGGCAGAGCCCACCCCUGCCACCAAAGCCGUUCUUCGCAUCGGAAACAUUGCAAACCACGGUCGGUUAUCGCACACGACGACGGGAGCCCCAGCAACGGCUGCCUCUGCUGCUGUGCUCUCCUCUACUAGAGAUCUGUCGUCCACGACCACCAGAAGCAGAUGGCUUGGGCAGCCCACCGACAUAGCGAUGCUGGAUCUGAUGGACGCUUUUGGAGAAGACGACAUUCGUGAACGGAUCGGCCAUCGGACCUUGGAGACCCCGUUUAGUUCGGAGCGAAAGUGGAUGGGUGUUGUCGUCGGGAAUGCCCUGGGCGAAGUGACGAAUGGAUAUGCUGCCAGCUCCGAGACGGCAUACCUCAAAGGGUCUGUCGAGCAGGCACUGAGCCGGUCGGACACGUAUCUGACAAAGGAUGGCCAAGAAGUCAUCCUUGAUGAGACGCGUCGUCAGCAGGUCCUUGCCGCUGCCCAGGCUAUGGCGGAAGAAGGGCUGAGGGUCAUUGCUUUUGCGAGUGGCGUCGUCAGGAGCAAGAAAAGACAGACCAGCAGAAGCUCGACGCCUUCUGGCGGAGAUAAAAAGCCUGAUGCGACGGAGGUUUUCAACGGCUUAUGCUUCGCAGGCUUGGUCGGGAUGACGGAUCCUCCUCGGAAAGACGUGCACAGGUCCAUCAGACGGCUGAUGGACGGGGGCGUGAAAGUGAUCAUGAUCACGGGUGACGCCGAGACCACUGCGGUGGCGAUCGCGAAGAAAUUGGGCAUGCCCAUCAAUCCAGCAUCAUCGGCAUCAAGGUCGGUUCUUCGAGGUGACGAGCUCGAACGCAUGUCGGAGCAGGAAUUGGCGGAAGCUAUUGGCAAAACAAGCAUAUUUGCCCGCACCACCCCCGACCACAAAUUGAAAAUCAUUCGCGCGUUACAGUCGCGAGGAGAUGUGGUUGCCAUGACAGGAGAUGGGGUCAACGAUGCUCCAGCGCUCAAGAAGGCUGACAUCGGAAUCGCCAUGGGCAUGCUCGGAACCGAUGUGGCGAAAGAAGCUGCCGACAUGAUCUUGACCGACGACGACUUCUCCACCAUCCUCAGAGCAAUUGAGCAAGGGAAAGGCAUCUUCUUCAACAUCCAAAACUUCAUCACCUUUCAGCUGAGUACGAGUGUGGCUGCACUGACACUGGUGCUGCUAAGUACAAUGUUUGGUUUCAAGAAUCCCCUCAAUGCCAUGCAGAUUCUUUGGAUCAACAUUCUGAUGGACGGGCCACCCGCCCAGUCACUGGGGGUUGAACCGGUCGAUCCUCGGGUGAUGACACAGCCGCCACGCCCUCGAAACGCGAAUGUGCUCACCAAACGUCUCCUCCGGCGUGUCCUCACGUCGGCUGUUAUCAUCAUGUUGGGUACGCUGACGGUAUACAUUCACGAAAUGGUUGAGAUUGACGACCCAUCCGCCGGUGGCCCUCCUGAUGGCACGCCUCUUCGUACUCGGGUGGUGACCAAGCGUGACACGACUAUGACUUUUACGACCUUUGUUCUGUUCGACAUGUUCAAUGCACUCACCUGCCGGUCGGAAUCCAAGUCUGUCUUGUUCGGUGAAAUCAAGCUCCUGGGGAACAAAAUGUUCAACUAUGCAGUAGCGGGCAGUCUCGCAGGACAGCUCUGUGUCAUUUAUCUGCCAUUUUUGCAACGCGUCUUUCAGACCGAAGCCUUGGGUCUGGGGGAUCUUUUUACACUGUUGUGCAUAACAAGCACUGUUUUCUGGGCGGAUGAGUUUCGAAAAUGGGUCGAGAAGAGGCGGGCUUCCGGCUACAUGCCGAGCGUUGGGUAUUCGGCCAGUGUAUAG